AUCUCUCUGGGAUAUCGAAGAACUCAGUUAACACAUUCUCUCAUUCAUAGUAUAUUUGCACACGUUCUCAGAGCAACCAAAAACACUUCUGCCAUAUAUAUUAUAGGUUUUUGAUCUAUAUAUUCAUACAUCUCUAGCAAGUGCUAGCUAAACCUUUUUCUCUCUUCAUCAUGACGAACAUGGCACGUUUAGCGGUUUUGCUAGCAUGCACUUUAGUAGCUCUUCUAUCAUCCUCAAUGGCUUCCGCAGCUAUAGUAGAACAUUCAUUCAAUGUUCAAAACCUCACCGUCCGGCGGCUGUGCGAUGAGCAAGUUAUUACUGCAGUGAAUGGAAGCCUCCCUGGCCCGACAAUACGUGUUCGAGAGGGGGAUAUCCUUGUCGUCCACGUAUUCAAUAAAUCACCCUAUAACAUGACUAUUCAUUGGCAUGGUGUGUUCCAGUUACUGAGUGGCUGGGCAGACGGGCCGGAAUAUGUAACUCAGUGCCCAAUACGUCCUGGAAAUAGUUACACAUACAAAUUCAAGAUCACCGGACAGGAGGGGACCCUUUGGUGGCAUGCUCACUCAUCUUGGCUCCGUGCAACAGUUCAUGGAGCACUCAUCAUCCACCCCAGAUCCGGUCGAUCAUACCCUUUCCCUAAACCCCACAAGGAAUUUCCCAUCUUAUUAGGAGAGUGGUGGAAUGCAAAUGUCGUCGACGUUGAGAACGAGGCACUUGCUACAGGCGGUGGUCCGGCCAACUCCGACGCUUACACAAUCAAUGGAAAGCCCGGCGAUCUUUACGAAUGCUCCCAAAAUACAACAUAUAAACUUACGGUGGUGCAAGGAAAGACCUACAUGCUACGUAUCAUCAAUGCUGCACUCAAUAACCAGCUCUUCUUCAAGAUAGCAAAUCACAAUAUGACAGUUGUCGCCAUAGAUGCCUCUUACACGAAACAUUACGUCACUGACGUCGUUAUUGUUGCCCCCGGACAGACCACCGACGUUCUUGUCGUGGCGAACCAGCCCGUUGGGUCUUACUACAUGGCUGCAAGUCCGUACGCAAGCGCUGAAGGUGUGGAUUUCGACAACACGACCACCAGGGGAAUCAUCAUCUAUGAGGGUGCCCCAACGUCAGCUGCUCCGUUGAUGCCGACCCAACCGGCCUUCAACGACACGCCCACGGCCCACAAGUUCUUCACCAACCUUACAGGACUCGCCGGCGGGCCACACUGGGUCCCAGUGCCACGUCAAGUGGACGAGUAUAUGUUCGUGACCUUUGGGAUCAAUCUCACACCGUGUGAAGUCAACGGCACGUGUGAUGGUCCACUCGAGCAGCGACUCUCUGCGAGCAUGAACAACGUAUCGUUUGUGUUUCCCAGCAAUAGCACUGUGUCCAUGCUGCAAGCAUUCUUCUUCGAUGUGAGUGGGGUCUACACCAAAGACUUUCCGAGCAACCCUCCGGUGAAGUUUGACUACACAAAUUCCAACAUCAGCCUUGAUGAGUCGUUGAUAUACGCACCAAAGGCAACCAAGGUGAAGAAAUUGAAGUACAAUUCAACGGUGGAGAUGGUUUUGCAAAACACAGCGUUUGUUGGGGUGGAAAAUCAUCCUAUACACCUUCAUGGGUUCAAUUUCCAUAUUUUGGCUCAAGGAUUUGGGAAUUAUGACCCCAUUAACGACCCCAAAAUGUUCAACUUCGAUAAUCCACAAAUACGUAACACCAUCGCUGUUCCUGUUGGUGGAUGGGCGGUCAUUAGAUUCAAAGCAAAUAAUCCAGGUGUAUGGCUGGCACAUUGCCAUCUGGACGUGCACUUGCCGUGGGGACUGGCAAUGGGUUUCGAGGUUGAGAAUGGACCAACUCCAGCGACUACGCUGCCUCCACCCCCAGCCGAUCUACCACAAUGCUAGCAAGCUAGCUAGCUAGCGCUAGAUCGAUCGUGAUCAAGCUCUAAUUAGACUACUGCACUGUUGGAUUAUCAUUACUAUUAAUUGUUUUAUUCUAUGAUUCAUAUUAAUUAGACUAAUAUUAAGCGUUCAAAUUCAAUGUAUUUCUGUUCAGAAAAAGCAAGACUCACUUUAUAAUAAAAAAUGUGCACUGGCACACUUAGUUUUCUUUA